AUGGCCGGGCUCCUGCCGGUGACGGCCCUGGCCGUCCACCCGGGCCUGAUACGGUGGCCCUGGCCGCGGCCGCAGGCGCCCUGUCCCUGGAUCCGGCCCGGCGCCCGCCUGGGCCCGGGCGCGGCCGGCCCUCCUGCAUGUCGAGGCCGACACCUGGGCCGACCGGACCCUGGAGCUGGACCGGUGCCUGCCGGAAGCCACGGGCCUCCGGGCGCUGGGCAUCGGCCGCGCUGCCCCGCCGGACGGGCGCCGCUACUACGCCCGCUUCGGCGACGGCCCGGCCCUCGGGAUCAUGUGCGUCCCUGCCGCGCGGAUCGGCCUCACCGCCCCCUCCUCCCCCGCCACGCCCCUCGCACGCCGGGGCACGCGCCAGCUUCGAUCCCCCCCCCCUGCCGCCGGGGCACCAUCGCCUGUCGGCCGACCUCCUGCCAAGCACGCUGCUCCAUGCCCCGGAGACGGUGGAGCUCCGGGCCCCCGCCCUGGCGCGGCCGCUCAUCGGCGCCCUGGCCGGCCACCUGGACCGCCUCCUGCAGCAUGACGCCCCCUAUGCCCCGGGGGCGCGCGCCGUCCUCACGCCCGGCGCCCGCCCCGUCGCCGGGCUGGCCAUUCAUGUUUGCCCCUGCCCCCAUCGGCCAGCCGGGCCUCCCGCCUCGCUCGUCCGAAAGGGGCCCUGACCCCUGCCGCUCCCUCGGGGCCGGCACCACGCCGACAGGACCCCCUCCACCCCGGCUGGCCGGCCCACCGGGUGCUCGGGCUGCAGGACGUCCACGGCCGGGCCCUGGCGCGCGGCCUGGCCCGGCGCGGCCUCACACACACACCCUGGGCCAAUGCCCGGGGCAGCGCCCGCCGGGGGAUGUCCCCCACUGGGCCUGGCUCCUGGACGUCGGCCUGCGCCUGGGCGCUGCCCCGGGCCCGGGGCCCCGGGCCGGCCGGCCGGCCGGCCGGCCGUCGGGCUCAUCCACCCGGGCACCCUGGGCCUCCUGCGGGAUGUCCUGCUCCCGGGCUGGCGGCCGGUCGGCCGCCACCACCGGGUCCUCCUGGGCGGCGCCCUUCUCGAGCUCCGGUGCGCCGGGGCCACCCCGCCGACUGUCGCGCCCCUCUUGCCAUCGCUCGCGCCACCCGCCCGUGCACAUUGGCCCCGGGGGCCGGGCCCCGUCGCAAGCCCCUGUCCGCCGGGCCAGCAGCACCUGCUGGGCUUCGGGCCCCGGCACAUCGAUCUGCUCCUGCGGGAGGGCUUCCUGCCGGGUGCCCCGGGCCCGGGGCCCACUGCGCGGCCCAUCCAGCCGGCCGCCGAGUGUGUGGUCUCCGUGUGGGCCGCCGGCCGGCCGCAUGCCCUGGAGGCGGCCCUGCGCCGGCGCAUGGCCGUCGUCCAGGCCAUCAGCUGCCUG